GCAGGAUGUGCGGCGUUCGAUUUGGUGAUUUACUUGGCCGGCGAAUCGGCCCAUCGAAGCAGGAAAACCGGUGACGCAACAAUCCGGAAGCCACGGGAAGGUUGCCCGCCGAACAGCCUCGCUUUGCUUUGUCUGGCUGCCUAAAAAGCCAGCUUCGAUACGAAAAUUACAUGCCGAAAUGUGGGGAACAAUGGGCGGGCGGAGUGGACGGAUACACACCGCACAUCAAAUACCAAACACCAAAAGUAUCAUAAGGUAAAAGUAUCACUCAUAGAGGCGGCAGCAAACACGUUUUUCCCCAGCACUCCGCGCAGCAUUGUUGUUAUCCAGAGGAGGAAAGCCCGCGGACCCGUUGACCCGCUGCUCCACUACACUACAAAACUGGUGGCUCGGCGGAGGUCGGCGGCUGGGAAACAGGCCCAAAUUCAACUGAAACCGCAACUGGUGAUCUGCCAUAGGUCGAGGUUGCUGCGCUUCCUCGUUGCAUGUUGCAUGUUGCUGGUUGCUCGAGGCGCAUCGGCUGGCUGUUACAAUGGAAACUAAAUAAUAUGCUAUUAACAGUGGCUUGCAGCACCUCCAACAUCUGCCGACCGCACUGCGAGCGAGGAAAAUGGUUUUUCCUUUUGCUUUCUGGAGAGCCAAGCUUUUCCGGUUAAUGGCCUUUGUGUGUCUCUUGCUCAUUGGAGCGGCCAGUGUGACAGCCAAGCCAAAGCCUGGCGGAGGAGGAGGAGGAGGAGGAGGUUGGUCCUCCGGAGGAGGAGGCGGAGGAGGCUGGUCUUCUGGAGGAGGAGGAGGUGGUGGCCAUGGAGGAGGAGGCGGUGGAGGAGAUGUACAGAUCAUUAAAGUGAUUACGGAGGGCGGCGGCGGAGGCGGUGGAGGAGGCUGGUCCUCUGGAGGAGGAGGAGGUAGCGGCGGCGGGUGGUCUUCUGGAGGCGGAGGAGGAGGCGGCUGGUCCUCUGGUGGAGGAGGAGGCGGCGGUGGCGGCGGCGGCGAUGUAAAGCUUAUCAAAAUCAUUAGUCUGGGAUCCGGCGGCGGUGGAGGAGGACAUGGUGGCGGUGGAGGGGGCUGGUCCUCAGGAGGUGGCGGAGGAGGCGGCGGUUGGUCUUCAGGCGGAGGAGGAGGCGGCGGCGGCGGCACCAAGGUUAUCAAGAUCAUUAAGCUAAGCUCUGGAGGUGGAGGUGGUGGCCAUGGAGGCGGCGGCGGCGGGGGCGGCUGGUCCUCUGGAGGAGGAGGUGGCGGUGGCGGCUGGCAACCCGCUGGAGGCUGGGCCUAGAAUCCCACAAAGCCGUAGAGGCAAUCCAUGUUCUCUCUUGUAAAUACUGUACACACCUAGGAUGCUAUUCGAAUUGUUCUAUUGUUAAUGUUAC